UAGCCGUAGAGGAUCCAGGAGGUACAUACGUGAUGUGCGAAGGGUACGAGGCGUUAAUGUUUUCGGCCGAUAAAGUAAAAAUAAUAGCGACUAGUAUUACAAUUGAUUGUGUUUGGAGGUUUUGCUGUUGAUUGACUUGAUGAGACGCGCAAAUGCUAAAGCCUUGUGUGGACUGUGGAGCGGAUUAAGUCUAAGGUCGCGUGUGUAUGCUCGUGAUUGGGUUAUCGUUGGCCAAGCUGUAGCCUCGUCAGCAGCAGCAUCAGCGUCAGUUGCAGUGGGAGCUGCCCUGGGAAUAAAGUGCACGGGCACUCCUUGGAUGGGACUGGACGCUUCUUUUGCUGUGACGAUGCCAGGGGCGGCGCGGCUCGCAUCCGUAGCUACCUAUAUAAUUUUACAUCCAGUUUUGUUCUAUACUUCCCGGUAUGACGAUGUUAUGUUAAUACUUUCGGUAUUGUUGCUAGUUGAAUCAAGCUACAAGGACAAACAGCAAUGGCGAAGCUGUAUUUCAUCAAAGUCACUUACAAGGAACCAGCAUGUGCUACAUAUGAGGGUCUCGACCAAUAACCAGAGGAACUCAAAAAUACUCCAAAGCACCCCAUCGACUUUGCAUGCAGUAGUUGGUAAAUUGGGACCACCGAUUCGUCAGAUCAUGAGUUUGAGUAACAAUUACACAAUAUUUUCACAUUCAAUCCUGUGUGGAGUUUGUUGCGAGUUCUGGCAUGCCGAAUUACGCCUCUCGUCACAUCGGUCGAGCUGUUGUUGUGUUGGUGAUAUUGGACAGCUCCAAUUUUUGUCGUCCGGGAACACAUGGGAUAUGGACGUAGUUAUUGGUAGGUAAAGAAUACGAGGUACGACUGGUGGAUACCAUGGAUAUCGUGAGUUCACACCCCAUAAUGUACAUUCGCCUGGGUGUAUGAGCGGAUGAG